UUCAGUGCUCUACUUUUUUAAACACUAGCCUACUAACGUUACCUAAUAAAGUUCGAAAAAUAUCUGUUUUUCAAUUUAACAUGCUGAAGUACAUUUUUGACAUGCUGUAAAUAAAGCUCAAAAUAAAAGAAAAUUGCCAUAUUAAAAGCGAACUCAUGAACCGGAUGCGCAGCACUGAUGGGCUAAGGUGUUCAAAAAAGGAGUAAUAGGAUCAGUAUCACAUGUAAACAUCUUAUAGUUGUGUUUUCUUUCUUUUUUUUGCUGUGAAGGUUGUAGUCGGGCAGGUGUGAGCAUUUAAGGUUUCAACAUAAAAGGGUCUGCCACUACUUACAACAUGUCUAUGGAAGAUCCAUUUUUCGUCGUGAAAGGGGAGGUACAGAAGGCAGUGAACACUGCCCAAAGUCUGCACCAAAGGUGGAGUGAGCUACUUCAGAACCCUGGUAGCUCCUCCUCAGAGGAGGUAGACUGGACAACCAAUGAAUUGAGGAACAGCCUGAGAUCCAUUGAGUGGGACCUGGAGGACCUGGAUGAGACUAUCAGUAUCGUUGAGUCCAACCCAAAGAAGUUUAACUUAGAUGCCGUGGAACUUGGAAAACGUAAAGCAUUCAUCACAAGCACCAGACAGACAGUCAAGGACAUGAAAGAUUAUAUGGCCAGUCCAAUGGCUCAGGCAAUGACUGAAAAGAAAAAUCGUCAGACUUUAGUUGGCGGAAGCGGUUCCCAGGGCCCAAUCUGGCAGCCUGGAGAUGACAAGUACACUUGUCUGGAUCGGGAGCUGCAUACAGCCAACUCUCAGUUUAUUGAGGAGCAGCACACCCAGCAGCAAUUCAUAUCUGAGAAGCAGGAUGAGCAACUAGAGCUUGUAUCUGGGACCAUUGGUGUUCUCAAGAACAUGUCUCAGAGGAUUGGCCAGGAGUUGGAUGAACAGGCAGUGAUGCUGGACGACUUCUCCCACGAAAUGGACACCACCCACUCCAGACUGGACAAUGUCAUGAAAAAGUUGGCUAAGGUCUCCCACAUGAAUAGUGAUCGACGUCAAUGGUGUGCAAUCGGUGUUCUGUUGGCAGUUAUUUUUGUUGUCAUCCUCCUCUUCAUGAUUUUGUGAUCACUACUUGCAGCACUGACCAACUGCACUACCACCACUCCAGAUUCUUAUCCUUUCCCACCCAUAGCUCUAACAGGAUUUGCUGAUCGAUGGUGCUGUGAAAGACAUUUCUUCUAUUUGACACAGCUCUCUGUCCACCUUUACAUUGUUGCUUUGGAAGUCGCCUAUGACGAAGUUGUCAUACGCCCAACAUUCUAUCGCUGCUCACAAAUUCUUUCUCUUUAACUAAUGGGUCUGUAAAAAGGAACUGUUUUAAGGUGGUUUAUGAUCACUCCAUGGAAUACUCGACAAUGGUAUUGGGAGCAUAUUCGCCGGCAGUGGAAUACAGGGAGAAUACUUCAUGUUACUUUAUUCUGUAUUUUUUAGCAUUUUAAGUAAUAACACUACACCAAAUUACUAUUCCAUAAGAAAUUGCAGCUAGGGCUACGAACAUUGACGUCUCUUAACCCAGUUAUAUUAUAGCUAUAUUGCUGUUCGCAAAUAACUUCUGAAAGUAUUGAACCAGCACACUGGAUUUAUGAUGCCCAGGGAAUAGUGUUCAUAGUGGGUUUUACAGACCUCACUUGCAUUUAUCACUUUUUUUUUCCUAGUUCCGGAUCGUUUGCUAAUAAUGGGAACUCUAAUGCAAUACAGAACGAGUUAAGAUAACAUCAAUAUUAGGGAACACUAAUGCGAUGAUGGUAGUAAUUUAAUUCUGUACACCUUAGGCAGAUUAAUGGCAGUUUUCUUGUUACCAUAAGAAGCUAAAGGUAUGUCUCAAAUUAAAGGUACAGAAACUAUCAAUCGUGUAGAAUCAUGCUGUAGGAGAUGGGAUGGAUAAAGGUUUGAGAAAACCAGCAACUGCUGUCCCAGACCAACAUAAGCAAGUGCCUUAGAUUGACAUGGAAGGAUCUAGUCACAUUUUUUUAUUAGCAAACCACUGUGAGGGAUUUAUAAUAAAUGCCCCUCUCUUUCCCUUAACCCUUUAUCCAAAGCAAAAGAUCCUACAUUAAAUGUGAAAAUCUAUGUAAACCUCCUUCCAAUAACUGGUUUGAGCCCAACGGAAACGACUGUUUGAACCUUUUUCUGUAGCUGUUGAUGAGUAAUGGAGAAGAAAGUCAUCUCAAAACAAAUUCAGCUCUGUGUUGUCAGCGGCAUUUGCUGCGUUACAUUUGCCUCGCAAAAGGAAACUAAGGAAACUGAGAAUGACGUCAUCCGUGGGAAAAAAAUGUGUUGUGAGCAAUUGUUACAACAAUGUCAUAACAACUGUUACGAGCAAUUGUUACCAGAUAUAGCUAUGUCAGUUCAUAACGUAGCAUCACACAGUAUUUUACACUAACAGGCAAAGGUCACUAUUGGACACUGUUGUUUCUCUAACUGAUGUGAUGAACACCAAUAAGACAGAAUUGCUGAUAAACACUUACAGCUCUCAUUGGCUGUUAAUGGACGCUGCCAUCUUGGGAAUUUGAACUGGGUACUCAUGGUCUGAAAGAGCUGACAACAGUAAUUCCCUGUGUACAAGCCACAUUGUCUAUAAAUUGCAGAACAAUGUUGUAUGCAAGUUAAAAAAACAAAACCAUGUUCAUACCAUAUUAUUUGUCUCCAUGUAUUAACCUCAUAGCAGAAGGAAUUUUGCAAAAUCAGUGUAUAAACCACAGCUAAUAGUUGGGAAAUUAUGGUAGUAAGUAUUAAAACUUCAAGGGACAAUCCAUUUGCAACUUGCUGUUCGGAACUGUUCCAAACGAAACAACUAACUAACGCACUAUUUCUCCCAUGACUAUUUUUUUUCCAUGUUCUGCCACUACAUUUCUGUUAGAUUUGACUCCCAUUUGUUUAGGUCCAGACUUUGACUCCUAAAAUGUUUACUGCCUAAACAUCUCUCGUCGAAUGACAGUCUGCUGGCUACUUUCUUAGUGCAAUGCAUAAUUCGUAAUUCUGUUCUGGUCUUGAGGCAGAAAAAUGAACACUCAUCACUAUCUAAUAUCAAACUCUAUACUGAAAAAAUGUGUUGGGUCAUGAAUUGUUUUUGCUUUUGUUAAAGGCACAAUGAUCAUGAUUUGUUAAUUUGAUGAAGAGAUGUCCGUCUCUUGGUUUACAGGGUUUAUUGACGGUGCAAUAUGAGUGGCAAAUUGAUCUCUGUGUCACAUAAUCACAUAAGUCCUGGACUCCAAUUAUUGAAAAAGCUGGCACUCAGACUUAUAGAUUUAUUUGUGCUCCAUAAACACAUACUGUAUAUUGAGCCUCAUUUCAGCAAAUAAAUGAGAACUAGCUGAAAGGUGUGCAAUUGUGUGAUCUACUCACAGAUGUGGCGAGGAAGGGCAAGGUGGCCAGAUGGAGAUGAAACAUGCAUUGCAAAUGAUGUUUUCUUCUUUACACUAUUUGCUGUUAUAACAUACAGUAUUGAAUAUUCAAGGUUGUAUUUUGUUUUAUUGCUUUAAUUCAGAACAAGUAUGUAUGUUAUCUGUUAAUGUGCAACAUUUUAGGAUACUACAUCCUCACUGUAUUAUUUGUUAAUGUUAUUUUCAUACAUUUCAGAAACUGACUGAGACUUGGUUGGGAAGAAUCCCUUAAAUAUCAUUUUGCAUUUUUUGUUUUGUUUGUUUUAAUAUGUUAUUUUAGUGUAGUGUGUUUGUCCUUCAUUCAUAUAGUGAAAAAGUAUUUUAGACUCUAUCAUUGACGGUUGUGAUCUUUGACUGUUUGUGGGGCUUGAGUCACCUCUCAAAACUCUGAAUUAAAGACAAGUCAGAAUUACCAUGUCCUUUUGCUUUUUAUGCAAUUUGAGGUUCGAAAACAAAAUGCCUGUAAAGGGUUUUCUUUUCUACAGAAUAAAACAGCUGGAUGAACAUCC